AGAGGCUUCUAUUUUCUUCUAAAUUCUGGAGAAUUUUGUUUGUAAAAUAGUUUUAUAGUUUGUAAAACAGUUACUAUAGCAUGAUCGCCGUUAAAAAAUAUUCCGAAUGAUUGGAUCAGGACAGGUUAAUAAUUGCUCAUCGAAAUGUCCUCUCAAUACGAUGUGUUUGAUAAUCUGAACGAUUAUUUAAACAAAAACGACGAUUGCGAUUUUCCCGAUGAAGAGCUUGAAGAUUUCAACGAUCAGGAACCUGAUCCGGAAGAAAUUCCUCCUCCAAUCAAACAAAAACGUGGUGGAAAAAAAACAAUCGAGCCGGAUCCAAUUCCACCAAAGAGAACGAGACGGCGAGCUAGGGUAAACAUUGAUUCAUCUGGUAGUGAAGACGAUCUACUAAGUGCUCCAUCGACCUCUAGUUCUCACUCGUCACAACAAAGCCAAUCUCGGCAGAAACAGGCCGUUGAUUUGGCCGGUGACGAUUUAGAAGAGCAAAUCAACGAAGUCCAAAAACAGUAUGAUCUGAUUUUCUACAACUCGCCAUUAAUACAAGAAGAUGCAAGAUACUUUUCAAAUCUGCAGAAACGCUACCAAACACUGAUGAAACAAAAGAGAACCGCUCGUGGCAGCAACAAGGCAUUCUUGAGCGAUUUCGAAUCACUGAAGGAAAUAUUGUACAACAUUUGCAUAAAUCGUGGCCUUAUGGCACCGAGAACCUUGUAUUCCGCUCUUGAUACCAGUUUGGCUCCCACGGGAAGGCGUAGAAGGCAACAAAGACCUGAUUUGAUCAAUCUAGUAGACAGUCCAGCGCUAAUUCUUCCCGGAACGAUCAAUCUUGAUUCGGAUGAAGAACAAACAACCAACAAUAAAAGUGUCAAUGUGUCGUUUGACUCGGAAAACUACGAAGUUUCGCUAAAAAUCAAAUGGGAGGGUAAAAUCGAACGGUUUGCACAUCGCAAGUUUCAAAAAUUUGCUGAUGUAAUCGCAGUGCUUGCUGAAAAAAGCAGCGCCGAUCCGAACCAUGUUGUUUUGAACUUAGAUGAGCGUAUUAUCGAGCCAGAUGAUACGCCAGAUUCCAUUGGUUAUCGCAUAUCGCAGUUCAUAACCGGUCGUGUAGUUCGGGGAAAGUUGGCUGAAAUGUUUUCGAAAAAGGAAACUAAUGUAGCAGGAGCUGCCAAGCAGAAGCCAAUGGAUGCCAAUGUUAUCAACCUGAAGGUGCAAUCGGACCGCUGGAAGAAGCCACUUGAAGUCCAAAUCGGCAAGGAUCAAAGAAUGAUGAUAGUGGUUAUUAAGUGCGCCGAAGAACUGAAAUGCAAACCCGCAGAUAUCAAACUGGAUUUCGAUGGGGACCCGUUACCGAUGGAUUCAACUCCGACUGAUCUUGAGCUGGACGGAGGCGAAGUAUUGGAUCUACGUUUUCUGAAGGGAUGACGAGUUUAAUCGUUGUUCUAUGAUUUGUUCUGUACACAUUAUUAUUGUUACUAUCAAUGCAUUCUGCCGUGGAUUGUGUUGAAUUAAAACUACAUUUCAACGGCUUAAUUUAUAAGAUGUUCCAAUACAAAUUAAGAAAUAUAAAUUCUAAGUUUUAAUAUCCUUCAAAUAGGUAAAUGAAUCGAGGAAUGAGGAACGCACA